AAUGUCGCUGCGUUUCCUCCAGACUUGCGUCACAACCAGAGCAUCGUCUCUGCCCGAAAGCAAAUUUUCACAUUUGGGUGCGAAUAUGGCGGCCGGUGCGUAUAUAAAGGAAGGGUUCUUCACAUCAAAGCACACAGAACUCACCAGACGUUCAAAGCAAUCAGAGCAACCAGACGGAAAUCAAAGGAUAAUACCCAACUGCUUAUACCGAAAAACACAAUGGAUCUUAAGCAAUUGUACUCGUGGGUCUGCCUGCUGGUCAGCAUCAUCAUCUGCAAGGUGUCCCAGUCCAGUGCAAAGCCCACCUACUAUGACCUGGAUAGCUACGAGACCUACGACACCGAUCGCUAUGACACCAACAGCGGCUCCUCGUACGCCCUGAGCUAUGGAAAGCCCCUGACGGAUAACAGGCUUAAGAAGUUGAGCCCGGGCUACUACUACGUGGACGACGGCUACAUCGCCCCCGUGGCCGCCAGUGCUGGCUACACCCGCCGCGAAGAUGCCAACUCCGAGGGCGGUGCCCUGCCACACAACGUCAAGUUCACCCCGAUUGUGCGUGUCCGGCAGACCAAGACCAAGCGCAAGAAGCUCUUCGUGCCCAACUUCUUCGGCUAGAGGAAGUCCUUCCGGUCCUACUGCCGGGACUGAGAGUACAGACUGAGGAUGAUUAGCAUAGGCUUAGUUGUAGGAUUAGUCGCGUGGCUCCCACACCAAAAAGUACCUUAUACUGUAACCUAUUUUAUACGCGGCCAAAAUCUGACCAAAUUAUAUUUAUAUACGCAAACCUACUAAAUAUAUACCCA